AAAUUUUCUGCUUGGAGAACCAGCCGUUUUCACUCUGCGUUUUGCUCCAAGUUCCACACAGUUGCCUCUUCUUAUCGCGAAAUGCUCGCCCGCACGUCUGCUCUGCGCCGCGUGGCCUCGACUGCCACCAGUGCUGUUCGCAACGCCAGCACGAUCCAAUCCAUCCACGCGCGCGAGAUCAUCGACAGCCGCGGCAACCCCACGGUCGAGGUGGAUCUGACGCUGUCCGGCAGCACCGAGAUCUUCCGCGCCUCAGUUCCUUCGGGAGCCUCCACGGGUAUCCAUGAGGCUGUGGAGCUGCGCGACGGUGGCAAGCGAUACGCCGGCAAGGGUGUGCAGCAGGCCGUGCAGAACGUCAAGAGCGUGCUGACCCCGACGCUCAUCGGCGCCGACCCGACCAAGCAGCGCGACAUCGACAACCUCAUGCGCGAGAUCGACGGCACAGAGAACAAGGGCAAGCUUGGAGCCAACGCCAUCCUGGGCGUGUCGCUUGCUGUGGCUAAGGCCGGUGCCGCUGCCAAGGGCGUCCCGCUGUACCAGCACUUCGCUGACCUCAUUGGCAACAAGAACCUGGUGCUACCCGUGCCCAGCUUCAACGUCAUCAAUGGCGGCUCGCACGCGGGCAACAAGUUGGCUUUCCAGGAGUUCAUGCUUCUGCCUACGGGUGCUGAGAGCUUCUCGGAAGCCAUGGUCAUGGGCUGCGAAGUGUAUCACCAGCUCAAGAGCGUCAUCAAGAAGAAAUACGGCCAGGACGCCACCAACGUCGGCGACGAAGGUGGAUUCGCCCCCAACAUCCAGAGCAACCGCGAAGGUGUUGAGCUGCUGAUGACUGCCAUCAACCGCGCCGGUUACGACGGCAAGAUCGGCAUCGGCAUGGACGUUGCCUCGUCCGAGUUCCUGACCAAGGACGGCAAGUACGACCUGGACUUUAAGACUGAGGGAUCCCAGGAUCUUUUGACCGGUGAAGAGCUGGGCCAGCUGUACAAGGAUCUGGCCAAGGAGUUCCCGAUCAUGAGCAUCGAAGACCCGUUCGACCAGGACGACUGGACGCACUACUCGUCCUUCACCGCUGGCAUUGGGGAGAAGGUGCAGAUUGUGGGCGAUGACCUGUUGUGCACCAACCCCAAGCGCAUCGCCACAGCUCUGGACAAGAAGGCCUGCAACGCCCUCUUGCUCAAGGUGAACCAGAUCGGAAGCGUGACCGAGAGCGUGGACGCUGUUGCACUUGCCCAGAAGAACGGAUGGGGCGUCAUGACGUCGCACCGCAGUGGUGAGACCGAGGACACGUACAUCGCCGACCUGGCUGUGGGUCUGGCCACUGGCCAGAUCAAGACGGGCGCCCCGUGCCGCUCGGAGCGUCUGGCCAAGUACAACCAGCUGCUGCGUAUCGAAGAGGCUCUCGGCAGCGACGCCAAAUACGCCGGCAAGCACUUCCGGAACCCUUCCAAGAUGUAAGCAGACCUAAUAACUGUAUUGAAACGGGCU